AUGUAUAUGGCUGAGCUCCACUUCACUUCCUGGCUUAUUAAUUCCAUCCUCGCCCUCCUGUGUGGAGUGGGGCUCUACUUCCUGUUACUCCCCCACCUCCAGAGUAUCCCAUCUUUACCGCCACCUGAGAAAUACAGGUACAUCAAGAAGGCUCUCCUGUCUCCGUUCUGCUCCUGGCUGCAGCUUGUGCCUCCUAUCUCCUGCAGCCACCUGGGUCAGCUCCCUGACAAGGGCAACUUUCAUCAGCUCUUAUGUCAAGACCCCUCUGCUGAGGUGUGCAAAAAGCACCUGCUGAAGCCCAUCUGCCACACCAUCUCUCACCCCGUCUACGCACGCUUUCUCUUCCCCCACCAUAUCUCCCUGUUUCAUUUGCCACUAACAGCCUUCUCUGCUCCACCGUGGCCAGACUCCACAUUGACUUUUUCUCAGUGUGACCUGAUGGCACUCCCACUGAGCACGUCUCCAGAUGACAACUCUUGGUUAGCUUCUUCUGACCCAGCAACCUCAGACCUUGACCACUCAAGGCAUCCCAUUUUAACCCUCUCCUGGUGGCAGACAGCUGCCAAAGCUUUGCUUUUCCCUAACUCAAAACAGUGUGAGUCUCCAAAACAGCAACUUUCCCAACACCCACAAGAGGCUUCUUUCUGGGGAGGCCCCAUGGAGGCUAGCGGUCCCUAUUUCUUCAGCCCUGAUGUCGAGAAGCCCCUGGAGAUACAAGUCACAAAGAGAGUUGAGUUCAAGAUUUGGGAGGAGAAUGAAAAGGAUGGAUCAUUUCUAAAGCCAAUGAGCCCAGACUACCAACUGAACUCUCUGGAGAAUAUGAUGAAGUCACUUGGAGACCAACAGGAUAUCACAGUCCCCCAACCCUUCUGGAACAGCAAAGACAAACCAGAGCAACUCCUCAGUCCACAGCAACUCUCAUAUCACACAGUCUGGCAGGACAGUUUGAAACAGAAAUAUAACCAGCUUUUUUGGGGGCUCCCCUCUCUGCACAGUGAAUCCCUUGUGGCUACUGCCUGGGUCUCUGGGAGCUCUGCCCCACUACAGUGUACUUCUUUCUUAUUCAAUAGAAUCUCUAAUUCCUGCCCAGUUCAAAUGCAGACCAAACUACCUUCCCUGCUUCCUCAACAUCAGUCCCGUUCAGAGCCCCAUUCCCAACACUUGAUUCCAAAUAUGCCCCAACCCCAGCCUGCAUUUCUGUCCCAAAGGCAUUCUCAGUUCUCAUCUGUGGCUCAUGUCCAGACCCGGGCCCAUCUCCAAUCCUCUCUCCCAGUCCUACCACCUUCUUCUACAACCCAGAUUAGGGCCUCUGGAGAAUCUUGCUCUAUAUCCCAGAAUGAGACACAAUCUGUUAUCGCAACUGAAAGUCAACAUCUAAAAUGCCCCAUGUUGCAGAAGCAAGUAGGAAGUGGAUGCAGUGUAUCCUCUCUGGCCGAGAAAUCUCAGGAAACCUUCAGUUCUCUGACUUGCAACAUUUCCCAGGACAGCUGCACCUCCUGGGCCAAAAGCUCAAUCUCCACCAUUUCUGAGCAUGUUCCAUUCAGCCCUUCUCUCCAGAAGGAACUGGAGCAACACCUUCAACAAAGGCUCACCCAACACCACUGGGGCCUGCCCCAAAGGAUCCAACAGUCUUCAGGACUGAUGCAGCCUCAGGGAAAAUCACCAGGGGCAUGCCUUACAAAGGACAACCACAGACCCUCAUGGGCUGCUGUGUUUACAGGUCAAGGCAGCAAGGAUGUUAAGAAAAUGGGAUUCAGGCACCCAGAAAGCACUCAUGCGGAGGGCUCAGAGAAGUUCCAGCUAGGAAAGAACCUGGGGAAGGGGCCGUGGCAAAAUCUGAGAAGAUUUCCAAUAAAUAAUCCACCCAGGGGACCAGAGAGCUCUUCAGUGAAGGUUCUGAGGAAAGAACCUGAGAAAAAGUUUAAAAGUAUCUUGAGGAGACACUUGGAAAAUUACUUUCCAAAGCUCUCAGACCAGAAACAUCGAGAAAAUGCCUUUAUAGAUCAUUUGGGCAUGAAGUUGGGGCAGAUCAGUGACGGUAAUAUCCCCAUGAGAGUGCAACGCUCCAGGCUUGAUGCCUACCCCAAAUUUACCAAGUCUGACACGCACGUGGAAACCAGAAAUCUAGCCUCCUCAAAGGGUUAUAAACGUCAUGUGAACACCUCCCAGGAGCUUCCCUUCCUCAAUCCAGGCACACAACAGGCACUAGAAGCACAUAGUAAAAGGUUUUGGGUGAAGCACAAGUGGGACAUAGCCCUCAAGGCCCUUGAACCCAUAAAACUCUUUAAACUGAGAAAGGACCAAGCCUCGCCCCUUCAGCAGUUUGUCUUUCCCACACCAGCCACCCAUGAAUCUUGUGCCAAGAUAGCCAAGGUUGGCAAGCUUCUGGGAGAAAAAUUCCAGAUGUAUCAGCAAGAGAAGGCGGUAACAACAAAGUCAGCCUCCAUCCUAGAGCGUCCUCUCCCUGCCCCCUUCCCUGUGAUUGAGGAAGUCCAGAGGGUUCGGAUACGUUCCCCACCUGAAGGUGACCAUCGACUCUCAGAGGCUGCUCUGACUGAACAGGAGGGCAGGCAGUCUCCUCAGCCCCUCACCCCCGGCAUCGUGAGCAGACCCAGACAGAGUGAGACUGUCCUGGAGACCCAGAGAGGCAGCCUGGAGCCCACCUCAAGUCAAGUCAUGGGAGAGAAUGGGCCAAGGGAGGAGAGUGGGAGUAAUAAUACCCCAGGAGCCCCCAGCCCUGGUGAAUCAGUAUUGGAGAUGGAUGUAGAAUCCCAAUCUUCAAAGGUUAUAGAGAGCAGCGAGGGGUCCCCUGCUCUUCAACCCCAGCAUAGCGACAUCUUGAGAGCCAGUGAGCAGGCAGACUCCCCAGUCAUAAGGGCGGAUCUGAGUGGUUUAGGGUCUCCUAAAUGCUCCACAACCUCUACAGCAUCUGCUUCCCAGACUCCAGAACAACCAUGCCCUAAAGUGCAGGUUGUUAAUGAGCUUGAGAUCAAAACUCAGGUCAAACCAGAGAAUGAGCCUCGAGAUGUCCGCACUGAUGUGCCUCUUGCCACAGGCAUCUCGGUUUCUCCAGUGCCCCAGUGCCAUCCCCGGAGCUUGACUAGUGGGAACAGACCAGCUCUCCACAUGUCAGAUAGCAUCAUGGUGAAUACAAGGCGCAGCCUGUGGCAGCAGGAUCGCAGGGGCCCACGGUUCCAGGUCCUAUUGAAGAGCCAGGGUGAGAUGUCGGCUUCCACUGAGAGAGAGGACCGUAGGAGGCCCAAGUUGCAGGAGACUGAUGAAGGGUUUGUAAGAUUUGUGACCUCCCAAACCAGCAGGAUAAGCCAACUUGCCCAAGUCAGAGGAGAAGUAGACACCAUUGGAAGCAACUACCUCCAUAUCCUGCCAGAGAAAGGACAGGCUCCUCCAGAAAGCCACUUCAAAAGAGGAAUGAGACGCUUAAUUCAGUGGAUACUCCCCAAUAGAAAACGCAAAAGGCAAGAAGGUAAGUCAACAUCAGCCUCUGCCCGGAGCCGACGACAACGCAGAUGCACCUUUACAGACAAUGGGGCUGCUGAAGCUGAAGCACUGAUGAUGGCUGUUGGUGAGAUGCUAGAGAAGAAAAUGGCACGUUGUGCCUCGGAGUUAAGCCAGCACAAACAGAGAGCCCAGGCUCGGGCUGUUGAGUGUUCCUGCUACCUCUUACCCAAGGAUCCCUUCUAUCCAGAGCGAGUGAUGUGUUUUCCAUCCUGCAGUUACCACGCCAUCCCUGAAGGCCAGAGUUCCCCUAACAGGGAAAGGCUGGUCUGUGAAAAACACUCCUCGAAAAUUGUAAGAUUCGAUGAUAAUCACCAGGGUCUGAGGCAAAUCCCACCUUCCCACCUCAUGGGGCUUGCAUCUCAAGGGGGUCCCCACUACCAUUGUUCCUGGGUGCCGGGUGCCCCAGGCUGCCCUCACCACUGCCCACAGCACUGUCUCUGGGGAGGUAUCCUUUCUGUUCCACCAGAAAGUGUUUCUUCAGGCUCUUCUAGUAGCAAAGCUUCUCUCUAA